GGGGUAAAUAUAUUGCGGCCAUUAGCUUUUGUUCAGCUGUUGACAGUUUUAAAACAUUUCAGCUUCCCUCUGUGUAAAGAGACUCUGGAGAAAAGGAUGUCAGGAUGAUUUCAGUGUAACAGCUUUUUAAAUACGGGACGUGGAGGAAGAGGAGGAGGAGGAGGAGGAGGAGGAACGGCAACUGGAAAAGAAGCGACUGGAAGCUCUCUGUGUCUAAUCAGCCUUCUAGAUUCUCGGUUAAUCGAAAAGCCUGGGGGGGGGGGAGCAAGCAUGUAUUCAAGCUUGUUAAGGAAAAUAAAAGGUCAAGUUUAAUCGUGGCGAGUUUUGUUUUCCCAUACAAAGCGGUGCUGGACCAGAACGUCGGUGUUUAGCUCCGUCUCUUUCCUGGACCUGGACCAUUGAAGUGUUGGAAUGAACAGGUCCAGGUCCAGCAGGGAUAAAAAAGUUUCCCAGCCUCCAGUCGCCAGGAUAACUCGUAGCUCCCGGGCCAACAAGCGUCCCAUCCCUGCAGAUCCUCUGGAGUCGGAGCAGGGCCCGUAUGGAAAGAUACGAAGGAAGCAAACGGACUCGGCGCUCCCCCAGGACCUCGGCCUGAUGAGUGUGGGCGGCACAAGUAAAGGAAAGACGUCCAAAGCUGGCAGUGUUCCUGUGCAGCUCUGCCAGUCCAUAUCUGAUCAGAUCGGCCCAUCUUCAGUCCCGGCGAAGUCCUUCUCCCGGGACGGUCUCGCCUCGGUGGCUCGGCUUGUGAGACUCGGCCGCUGUAAGAACGUGCUGGUGGUGGCGGGAGCAGGAAUCAGCACGCCCAGCGGCAUCCCAGACUUCCGGACUCCAGGAACAGGCCUCUAUGCCAACCUGGAGAAGUACAACAUCCCUUACCCUGAGGCCAUUUUUAACAUCGACUACUUCUCCAACGACCCCCAGCCUUUCUUCUCCUUGGCCAAGGCUCUGUAUCCUGGCUGUCACCGUCCCAACUACAUACACUACUUCCUCCGCAUGCUGCACCACAAAGGUCUGCUGCUGCGACUGUACACCCAGAACAUCGACGGGCUGGAGAAACUGUGUGGAAUCCCUGACGAGAAGCUCGUGGAGGCCCACGGUAGUUUUGCCACAGCUUCCUGCCACCUGUGCUACACUCCCUAUCCCGCUGAAGAGGCUAAAGUUGCCAUCAUGAAUGACAACAUUCCCACCUGCUCAUUCUGUGCCGCCGCUGUCAAACCUGACGUCGUGUUCUUUGGAGAAGACCUACCGCAGAAAUAUUUCCUGCACACAAAAGACUUCCCCAAAGCCGACCUGCUCAUCGUUAUGGGGACUUCUUUAAAGAUCGAGCCUUUCGCUAGCCUGGUGAACACGGUGCGCUCCAGUGUGCCACGUCUCCUCCUGAACCGGCACGCCGUCGGCCCUUUUGAGAAGGUCCCACUGCAGCGAGGCGACCACAUGGAGCUGGGCGACCUGGCCGAGUCGGUCAGGCGGUUCGCGGAGCUUCUUGGCUGGAACGGUGAAAUCGAAGAACUGAUGAGGACUCAGGAAACCUCGAGCGCUCCGGAGAUGUUAACCAGCAACUGGACCAAUAAUGGACCGUCAUCAGGGACUGAAGACACGUCGGGGACAUCCAGGUCAAGAACCGGAGCUCAGGGAAGCUGCAGCGAGGACAACGACUCGGAGACGGAAAGCAGAAGCUCUGCGUCAUCAAAAGCAAGCAAAUGACACUUCGUUUGUAAAACGUCAAGGGUUCAGGCAUAAUUAACUUCUUUUUAGCCCAGACGUAAUGUAAAUGUAAAGUUUGUUUAUAUGUAGAUAGUAAAUGUUUAAUCCAGUUUCCAUCCAGAACACUAGUAAAUAUUUCCUAAAGUGUUUUUUUUAUAUAUAAAUCUGAGGCUAAUAAAGCUUUUUUUCUUAAUAAUG